CCUCGGGGAGAGAAGGAGGCUCUCCGGGUGGGAAUGCGCGGCCCAGCUCUGCCUCUGGUUCUGGCGGUGGGCUUCGCAAAGAAGGCGGCAUUUCGGGGCUCCCCGUUACGCCCACUGCCCCAUUUUCUUCGCGGUACCCUUCUCCCUAGGCGCCUUGCGCGAUACCGGCGGGUGGCAGGGUCUGCGCACUCACACACACACUCACACUUUUUUCCUCACGAUGACCUUGAACGUAUUCCGCAGCGUUUGUGGAGAUGAAUCGCACAACGUGGAAACUGCGCAGUGCCUUGGGUUCGGUUCGACCCACCUCUCUACUGGGAACCAUUUGAAAUUCACUGCAGACGUUAUGACAGUCUACCUCUAGAAAUUUCAGCAUACAUUUCCUAAGAAUAAAGUGCUUAUGAUUUCACGUAUUUUUGCUGAACUUUUAAAAGAGGCACUUGGAUGAUGGAUUAACAAGAACAUUGAAAUUCUGUGCACAGUUUCAAAUUGGAGCAUAUUGAAUUUUCACCCUAGUUCAGCAGCUCUGCUGCUCACUUAAAUACAGAUGAAUGAAGACCCCAUUCGGGAAGACACCUGGCCAGCGGUCCAGAGCUGAUGCAGGCCAUGCUGGUGUAUCUGCAAGCAUGAUGAAGAAAAGGACGUCCCACAAAAAACACCGGAGCAGUGUGGGGCCGAGCAAGCCUGUGUCCCAGCCUCGGCGGAACAUCGUAGGCUGCAGGAUUCAGCAUGGGUGGAAGGAGGGGAGUGGCCCUGUCACCCAGUGGAAAGGAACCGUUCUGGACCAGGUGCCUGUAAACCCUUCUUUGUAUCUUAUAAAAUACGAUGGAUUUGACUGUGUUUAUGGACUAGAACUUAAUAAAGAUGAAAGAGUUUCUGCACUUGAAGUUCUCCCUGAUAGAGUUGCAACAUCUCGAAUCAGUGAUGCGCACCUAGCCGACACAAUGAUUGGCAAAGCAGUAGAGCACAUGUUUGAGACCGAGGAUGGCUCUAAAGACGAGUGGAGGGGAAUGGUCUUAGCACGUGCCCCUAUAAUGAACACAUGGUUUUACAUCACCUAUGAGAAAGACCCCGUCUUGUACAUGUAUCAGCUAUUAGAUGAUUAUAAAGAAGGAGACCUUCGCAUUAUGCCUGAUUCUAAUGAUUCACCUCCAGCAGAAAGGGAACCAGGAGAGGUUGUGGACAGCCUGGUAGGCAAACAAGUGGAAUAUGCCAAAGAAGAUGGCUCUAAAAGGACUGGCAUGGUCAUUCAUCAAGUAGAAGCCAAACCAUCUGUCUAUUUCAUCAAGUUUGAUGAUGAUUUCCAUAUUUAUGUCUACGAUUUGGUGAAAACAUCCUAGAUGUCAUCAUGAACUUUGCCAAAUUUGUGGAACUAUUAAAUGUAUAAUUUGUAGACAUAAAAGACUUGAUUGCUUUCCAGUUUAA